GCCGCCCCGCCUCACGCCACUCGGCCGAACUUCACGCUGGUCGACAGGCAAACCGUUGCUCACUUCGCUUCAACAAUUUUAUGUAUGAAACCUAAGUAGUAUCUAUACAAUUGUGUUGUUUGGUAACCUCCCAUUAACAAAACUUGUUACGACUCCGCGACGCAAAGGUACACUAUUAGUCGAAUACGCCACUCAGGCUAUGGUCGGCGUCGCUACACUAUUGACGUUUUUUUACUUUCUUCACAUUGUUACAGUAAUCUUUGUGUCAGCUACAGCUACGGAUCGAAAGUCACAAAUACGCGAUGACAGCUCGCACGAACGUUCGUGAGCUUUUCCGUCUCAUUGUUGUUGUGCAUAGUAUGCAGUUGUAGCAACAUAUUUUUUAGUAAUUCACUCGUACCUACUCUUUAUUACGAGUAACGCUGCUUUACUCUUUUGAGUUUAACUGUGCUCUAUUGAGUUUGAAAGUGCAACGCAGUGGAAAUAAUACGUGGAACAGUUUGUUGGUGAUUUAAAGUUGAACUCAAUCUAAUCGUCUGACGAAAGGAAGCGAUAAGGCGGCACCACGUUUCGCCAUAGUAAAUUACGUUAUUCAAACCAUUUUCCGGCAAGAGGUUCACCAUCUACUGUACGCGGGCAAUCUGUAAAAGCAUCGUCAUUGAGUCGAAUAGAAGCAUCGCCGAGACUGUCAGGAGCGGGAUCCGAAUGCGGCCGCGGCGGGGGCGGCGUCGCGGCCGCCGGCGGCGUCCGCCCCGGGUACGGCUACGAGGCGCUCUCGGCCGCGAGCGACGGCAGCGAGGGUGAGCCGGAGGACGCGCCCGAGUACACCGCUUUCGAGAUGGAGCUAUCAGGUGGUGGCGAGUCUGCCGAGGGACCCUCCUCGCGGGGCUCGGCUAAGGUCAACUUCCCCCCCGACUUGGAACUAGAGAGACGUCCCACCGCAACCGCCGCCACCGCCACGUACCACCGCGGCCGAGGACGGUCGAUGAGCGCCUGGAGUGAUAUCAGCCGAUCCAGCAUACGCUUUGAAGAAAGAGUGCGUGUGGAGUACUACGUAAACGAAAAUACUUUUAAGGAAAGACUGCAACUAUAUUUCAUAAAAAAUCAACGAUCGAGUUUACGUAUUAGAAUAGCAAACUUGUUUUUCAAACUUCUGGCGUGCGUCUUGUAUAUUUGCCGCGUCGUCGCCGACGGAGAUCCUAUUACUGCUUCCUGUUAUGGAUGUAAGGUCGGAAAUAAGACUGAAUUUGAAUAUUCCGCGAACUUAACGGAGGAGGAGUUUCAAGAACACCCGAUUAUCAACUGGGAUGGCAUAAUAUGGGUCAACAGACCUCUCUACUUAUGGGGAGUGCAAGUCAUACUAGCAAUGAUCUCGUUCACGGAAGCUAUCCUUAUAGCUUAUUUAGGAUAUAAGGGAAACAUCUGGCAACAAGUACUAUCAUUCCAUUUCAUUUUAGAAAUGGUAAACACCAUACCCUUUGCUUUAACUUUGCCGUUUCCACCGCUCCGGAACUUAUUUAUACCCGUGUUUCUAAAUUGCUGGCUAGCGAAGCGGUCUCUCGAAAAUAUGUUUAAUGACCUUCAUCGAGCGAUGCAAAAAUCUCAAUCAGCCCUUUCACAACAACUGAUGAUCCUUUGUGUAACACUGCUGUGCCUCGUCUUUACCAGCGUAUGUGGCAUCCAGCACUUUCAGAGGGCGGGGCACCGGCACCUGAACCUUUUCCAAGCUACCUACUUCGUGGUGGUAACGUUCUCCACGGUGGGGUACGGGGACUUCGUGCCGGACAUCUGGCCGUCGCAGCUAUACAUGGUGAUAAUGAUUGGCGUCGCGCUCGUCGUGUUGCCCACGCAGUUCGAGCAACUCGCGUUCACUUGGAUGGAGAGACAGAAACUAGGUGGUUCUUACUCCUCCCACCGUGCCCAGUCCGAGAAACACGUUGUAGUGUGUUCCACGACACUCCACGCGGACACUAUCAUGGAUUUCCUUAAUGAAUUCUAUGCUCAUCCCUUGCUUCAAGAUUACUACGUGGUGCUAUUAUCGCCGAUGGAACUGGAUACAACAAUGAGAAUGAUUUUACAGGUGCCAAUUUGGGCUCAACGUGUGAUUUACAUCCAAGGUUCGUGCUUAAAAGACACGGAUCUAAUACGAGCACGCAUGAACGAAGCCGAGGCAUGUUUCGUGCUAGCGGCCAGGAAUUACGCCGACAAAACGGCCGCCGACGAACACACUAUAUUAAGGUCAUGGGCGGUUAAAGAUUUUGCACCGGACGUUCCUCAGUACGUGCAAAUAUUUAGACCGGAGAACAAAUUACACGUUAAGUUCGCCGAAUUUGUAGUGUGCGAAGACGAAUUUAAGUAUGCGCUGCUGGCUAACAACUGCACAUGCCCGGGAGCGUCCACACUGGUCACACUACUGCUGCACACCAGCAGAGGACAGGAAGGACAGCAGUCCCCAGAGGAAUGGCAUCGACUGUAUGGGAAAUGUUCCGGAAAUGAAAUAUAUCACAUCGUCCUGGGAGACAGUCGAUUUUUCGGAGAAUACGAAGGAAAAAGUUUUACAUACGCAAGUUUUCAUUCUCACCGAAAGUACGGUGUGGCUUUAGUUGGGGUACGUCCAGCGGAAUUACCCGAAUUUUAUGAGGAAACGAUACUUUUGAACCCCGGCCCGCGACAUAUCAUGAAAAGUAGCGACACUUGUUAUUAUAUGAGUAUCACGAAAGAAGAAAAUUCCGCAUUUGUUAUAUCAGAAAAACAGAUCGAAAACAAACCUACUAUACCUAAAGACCAAACCGCAUGUAGUCUGCUUUCGAACGACAAGAAGCCCGGCGAUCCGGAGGAGGGCUGUGGCCAGCAGAAAAGCACAGACGGUAGUAACGUCGCUCAAUACGAACUCCCACAAGUGAUUCUCCAAGCUCCCGCGAGUUCCACACCAAACGCAUCGCCAUCACGCAUCAACCAAGCUAAUACUGUAUCAUCCGCUAAGUUUACUGUUGCUGGCUCUAAAUAUGGGGAAGGCACAUCUGCAUCCGACUCCAGGACGUGCCUGAAAGACUCGCCUGGUACUGAUAGUGCCACUGACAGCCAUCUACUAUUGCCCAAACCAGAUAACACAAAUUUCCUCAGCCCGGAUGCCCUGAAUUACCGAAGAGGGAGUCGUCGGCCAUCGAUACUGCCGGUGCCCGACAUGGUGACGAGCAGCCUGAACAUCCCCAGCGACGCGGCGGACGACGACGCCGCCGACGAGAGCGAGGACGAGCUGGAGGACGACGUGCCAUGGCGCUCGCCCUCCGAGAAGAUCGCCGAUGACGUCACCACUAGCAGCUUCUCAUCACUGGCGGGCAGCGAGGCGCCGCACAGCGCCUGGCGUAACGACUUCACCAGGAUCGUAAAAGGGUUUCCCCCCGUGUCGCCAUUUAUCGGCGUAAGCCCAACACUGUGCUACCUGCUCAAGGAAAAGAAGCCAUUGUGCUGUCUCCAGCUGGCGCAGGUGUGCGAGCACUGCGCCUACAGAAACGCCAAGGAAUACCAGUGGCAAAACAAAACAAUCAUCCUCGCCGCGGACUACGCAUCCAACGGGAUCUACAACUUUAUCAUACCAUUGAGAGCACAUUUUAGAUCGAAAACAUCGUUAAAUCCAAUUAUACUAUUGCUGGAGAGAAGACCAGAUAUUGCAUUUUUAGAUGCUUUAUCAUAUUUUCCAUUGGUUUACUGGAUGCUUGGAUCCAUCGACUGCUUAGACGAUUUGCUCAGAGCAGGAAUAACGUUGGCGGAAAACGUAGUGGUAGUAAACAAGGAACUGUCCAACUCCGCAGAAGAAGACAGCCUGGCAGAUUGUAAUACUAUAGUGGCGGUGCAGACAAUGUUCAAGUUUUUCCCUUCAAUCAAAUCGAUAACGGAAUUAUCACAGUCGUCCAAUAUGCGUUUCAUGCAAUUCAGGGCACAUGACAAGUACGCCUUGCAUCUGUCGAAAAUGGAAAAGCUGGAGAAGGAACGCGGGUCGCACAUCUCGUACAUGUUCCGGCUGCCGUUCGCCGCGGGCUCGGUGUUCUCCGCCUCCAUGCUGGACACUUUGCUCUACCAGGCGUUUGUCAAAGACUACGUCAUUACUUUCGUCCGCCUUUUACUGGGCGUGGACCAAGCUCCCGGAUCUGGAUUUUUAACUUCUAUGAAAAUAACGAAAGAAGACAUGUGGAUUCGUACGUAUGGUCGGCUAUACCAAAAAUUGUGUUCGACUUCGUGUGAAAUCCCAAUCGGGAUCUAUCGCACGCAGGACACGAGCCUAGCCGAUCCCUCUCACCACGUGAGUAUGACGCCACGGACUUCGUCAAACUGGUUUUGGUCACGCCUGGCGAGAAUGCGACCAUCGCGUCCAUCGCAGGAGGAGGGAGAUGGAGGUUUCCCGGCGUGCGGGCGGCGGGAGGCCACCGGCUGUCUCGGCGGCUGCUACGGGGAACGUACGCCGGCGUAUUCUACAAGUCUCGCCGACGAAGCAAGAGACAACCAUGCGCAGCAAAUAGAAAGAGCAGAAAUCGCAAACCUAGUGCGCUCGCGUAUGGAAUCGUUGAACCUUACUGGAAUCGACUACGACGACGUGAGCGAGAAGAGGAACAGUUUGUCCUACGUUAUUAUCAACCCAAGUUGCGAUCUUAAUAUACAAGAAGGAGAUAUCAUAUAUUUGGUGCGUCCGUCCCCUUUUUCAGCACAAAAAACGUUUGAGAGACAUAAUAGUCGACGAAAAUCGAAUAUUAGUUUCUGUUCUCAAGCUUUAAUUCAAGCGCAGAGCGUUGCCAGCAGAAGAGGAUCUGGUAUCGGUGCCACGUUCACCCAGCCGAGGGCUCCACCACUCUGCACAACAAAAGCCAAUUCGUUGUCUUUACCGGAUAGUCCAACUAUCAUAACGGAUUUUAGAGGACGGUCCAAUUCACUUCGAGUAGUAGAUGACAUACUUCUGCGAAGAUCUAAUUCAUUAAGACAAAGUCUCAGUGGCGUCGGCUCUCGUCGAAGAAAGAGUAGUCUCGAAGAAAUAGGCAUAUCACAUUUUAAUUCCUUAUUGCAACAUCAGCAACAACAGCAACAGCAAAAUGCUAAUGCAAUCAAAAUUGCUUUGAACGGUAGCAUAGGGUUAGAGGUUACGCCGCCGGAGGAGACUCCCGCCGAAAGAUUCCCGGGGACGAGCAUGGCACUCGGCGGAUACCAGGAGGCCGCUGCUGCUCUCCCCUCCACGUCGAUGUGCCCGAGCAUCCCGUCGCCGUCGCCAGACACUCAACACUUGCAAGGAACUAUUGUAUGAUACCACCUAAUGUGGGGCCGACGACUAAGCUCCGUUAUAAGAAACAAAUGGACGUAGAGUGACUACUUUCAAUAUUCAGUCAUACUUAAGUACUUAACUCGAGGUGUCACUGAAUCCAUUAGGUACUAUUCGGAGCCUUUUUACAGUAGCGUCUCUACUUAUGUAUAUUUAACUUAGUUUUGAGAAAAUGAGUAAGUGAAGAAUUAAUAAUUAAUUUAUAACUAGGAGUGGUGUAGCUAACUGCUAAAGAAGCUGUGUAAUUUAAGCGGGAUCAAUUAGAUACUACUGUAAGCGGGAUAAAUCAUAGUAUUGUAAUGUACAUAGCAGAGCUUUUUCGGUCGUAAUAAACCAUGAGUAUGUAAAUAGAGACUAUAAAACGCAAAUAAAUAAUUAUUAUUGUUAUGUGUAAAUAUGGACAGAUAAAUAUACACCUACUUAAGAAGUACCUUUUAUUUACUAGAUUUUACUGACCAAAGGAAAAUGACUAAUUUUAUCAUUAUAAUUACAUAGUAUAUUGAAUCUGUACUCUACUUUUAAAACUUUAUUGUUGAUAGAUUGGGUCAACUAAUUAAUUCACCGACUAUUCAUAAAAUACUAUUUACGUAGUAUCAAUGUACACAAGAGUUUCUUUAUCUUUAGUUCUAGAGCUUAUUAUACCUGACAAUAUCAUACAAUUGUAAUCUGUGUUUUUAUAUACAAUAUAAAAUACUUAGUCCGUUUCACUCUGUAAGAGUAUCGAUAGCUGCCUUUUGUGUAUAUUAUGAAGAUAAAUAUACCUAGAA